GCGAUAAAAAAUAAACCCAAACUCUCUGAUCACCCUCGUUCAGCAGAAUCACAGGUGCACCAAACACUGAAACCAAAGCCACUUUAAUAUUAGGUUAGACUCCUCAAACCCAAACAGAGAUUGCCGCCACAAAUAGGGAGCACCUCCUUCUCGCUCUCUAAAACCCUAGCCCCUCUUAUCUUGACUUGAAACCCAUGUCUGAGAACAAUGACGAUGCCAUGGCAACGCUUGUUUCCAACCCUCAAGCGGAGCUCGAGGCUUCAGACUGUUGCAGGAAACGAAAACCAGAGGCCCCAUUACCCCCCGAGCCGGAGAAAAACCCUAAAUUUACCGAUUCGCUCUCGAUAAAGAAAGUACACAAGGAAGAAGCAGAAGAAAAAGAAAGAGUAGAAGCGAAAGAGGAAGAAGGAGAAGAAUGCAUAGAGAGAGAGGAGGAGGGGGUGAAGAUUGUUGCCGAGCUUAAGGGGAAAUGCUCUUCGGACUCUAAUGGUAAGGGAAAGGCUAAAAUGGGCGAUAAGGGAAAGGGAAAAAUGGAGGAAAUUAAAAAUGAAGAUGACGAUGAUGAUGGCGACGACAACGACGGUGAUGAUGGUUAUGAUGAUGAUAGUGAAGACUUAUCAGAUGAUCCAUUAACAGAGGUCGACCCCUCUAACAUUCUACCACCCAGGGCUCGAAGGCAAGCCUCUGUUUAUCCAGGGCCUUACCAGAUUGAUGAUAUUGAUGAUGAUGAUGAUGAUGAUGAUGAGGAUGACGAUGACGAUGACCAUUUGGAUAGUGAUGGUGAUAGUGAUGAAGGUGACGAUGAUGACGGUGAUAGUGAGUGAUCUUCGUGCUUAAUUGAGGGUAAGAGGAAGAUGAACAUCCUCAUAUGAAGAUGAUGGUGGUGUUGAUAGUGAUGAUGAUGAUGGAACACCAAUUUUUGAUGUGCUAUGCUUUGAGGUGGAGUGUUGGCUUGGGGAACAGAUACUGUAUGUGUUCUGAUACUCUCUCUCUAGACUUGAGAAUGCAGAGAUUCUGAUAUGAAUGGCUGAAAUUGCUUUUUGUAGUGGUUAUGUUCUCUAUGGUUACCAAAAUACUGCAUUUUAUGCGGCAUUAAUGUUGAUCCAACUUCAAAUUAUAAUGCGUAUUAUAUUCUUGUCUAUUUA